CCAAGAUUUAUUUUUCUUCCAUGUAUAUUUUUUGCUUGGAGCAAGUAUCACAUUUCAAAUGUGCAGCAGCAAAUUGGCUUUGGAAUCUGGAGAAAUAGCACUCGAGGAGCCUUGUUCUUGUUCUUGUCUUUGCUUAACAUCGCCCACACUAUCGCAGCUCUCAGCUUUCAAUUCGCACAAAUGCUUUCUGCAAAGAGAUAUUCGCCAGCGCUAUUGCGAUCUGUGCGCAGCGCUCUGAGGUCCAGAGUCGGCGCAGAUGAAGGCGUUGUUGAGCUGGCCAGCCGGCCUGUGUGCUGGAACAAAACAAACUUUCCAGACAUCUCACCUGCAGUACAAAAGCGGCAACCGCUGGCAACAGGCCGGUCGCUGUUUGGCAUUCACUCGUGCACACAAACACGCAACUACGCAAUUUCAACGCAUGCUGCCAAGACCAAAGUGCCUCAGUGCCCGACAUGCGGCGCGGCAUUCCAGACAGAGCGGGUGGGCGCACCAGGGUACCUCAACGAUCAGAAAUGGCGGCAGAUGAACCAGGCUAACCUCGUCCAGGGCCUACCUACUAUUGAGGGUGCAACUCUGGGCGAGUCUACAGUCAUCCCCGCCCUAGCCGAGCACGGCGCAGGCGAUGUCGUAGAUAAGGGGAGCGAGCCAAAAGUACUGAGCGACGAGGAAUACCAAAAUGCGAUUAAAAAUCUGGACGAUCCGGACCUGAGGGCUAUAUUUUCGGGAGAGGCCAUGCCCGGGUUCGUAGAUCCCAAUAAUAUGGUGGCAGAACCCAUGGUGGAAGAUCCCGAAGCGGGUGCCGAAAAGAACAGCAAAAAGGCAGAGCCGCACAGCGCCAUCGUGGCAUCGCGUCUGAAGCGGCGAGCAGAGCAGGGCCGCGACCGAAUCGUUUGCCAGCGCUGCUACAAGCUGAUGCACCACAACCAGAUUGACAAUCCGUGGAAGCAGGACAUUGUAUCUGACCCGCGGUCUUUGAAGUUCAUGCGAUACAGGACCAACCUACUGGCUGUGGUGGUUUGCGACAUUUUCGACCUUCCGGGAAGCUUGAUCCCGAAUCUAGGCGAGUUUAUCGGCGAGCGGCAUCCUGUGAUUCUCGUUGCGAACAAGGCUGAUCUGCUGCCAAAGGACUACCACCAGGAGCGCAACCUGGGCACGCGCGAGCUGGCAGCUGACAUUACAGAGCGCCGCAGAGCAGGGCAGGACAUUUACAUGGUCGGCCGUGCCAAUGUGGGCAAAUCAGAGCUGAUCAACGCACUGUUGCGCAUCAGCAUGGGUGGUUACAAACACAAGGUGCUUGCUUCUCACGUUCCUGGAACUACCAUGGGGCUUUCUGCUCUCGUGCCCGUGGAAGGCGCGCGGCCCCAAGAUCGGCAGGCCAACUUGUACGACACUCCGGGCGUGUUCAGCAACAAGUCACUGCUUAGCUUUCUGAAUAACAACGAGCUCAAGAUGGCCAUGUGCAGCAAGCGCAUAACGCCGUUCACGUAUAUCCUCAACCACGGACAGUCCAUUAUGCUCGGUGGCCUCGGACGCAUCGAUUUGGUCGAUGGCCCUGAGUAUGUGUAUGUGACCGUGUUUUCCAAUAUUCACCCGCAUUUUACGCGGACCCAGCGUGCUGUGGAGCUGACAGAAAGGCUUGAAGCCGGCGAAAAGACUUUUUUGCAGCAAACUGGCAGUGGAGCACACAUUCGAGGGGACUCAUAAGCAGCACGCCACCUUGGACGUUGCGUUUGCCGGAAUAGGCUGGGUUGCAAUUACUGGCCAGUUCCCGCGCGCCACGAUACAGGUGUUUACGCCCAACGGAAUGGGAGUCAGCGUUCGGCCGCCGCUGAUGCCAUUUGAGUAUAAGAUGAUCACGCCUCACACGUCCAGCACUCGUAAGACACCCAAAUGAUCCAAUUACAGUUGUCGGUUAGCGUUGUCAUUGACAUUGACAUUAUUACGUGCGCAAUGUAGAUUUUAUUUAUUAUCCUUGGCCUUGUCUAAUUUUAGACGUUCAACUUUACAAACAUCCAAAUAUUUAAAUAUAGAUGUUGACGGGCGUAAUUAU